AUGCGCAACGCCAUGCAGAGUCGGCGUCUGGCACCACAGGUCCCUCAUCUCAUUCCCAUCCUGGACGAACUGCCAGAAGGUGCUGUCGUGUGCGAAGUAGGCUGCGGUCCAGGCGGCAUUACUCUCGACAUUGCCCAACGCUAUCCUCGUCUUAGGGUGCUUGGCAUGGACAUUGAUGCCAAGUCUAUCAAGCUGGCGCAGGACGCGGCAAACCAAACUGGCGUUCAGAACCUACAUUACUCUGUAGGGGAUGCACUCAAGCUGUCCGAACUUGCUGCUCAACCCAACUUCGAAGCUAUCGAAGGAGGCUGCCAUCUCAUCUACAGUCAUGCGGCAAUCAUGCACACUCCCGACGCUCUCACUUCAAUCAAGCAAAUGAAACGAGCCACAAUAGCAGGCGGAACCAUCUCCCUAACAGAAGGAGACUCCGGCCUCUUCUACGCAUAUCCCGAAGUACCCGGCAUGCAAAAGCUUCUCGAAGUCUUUCCUCGCAUCGGCGCAGCAAAAGGUGCAGAUACCCUGCUUGGUAGAAAGCUCAUAUCGCACGGCCUUGCUGCUGGCUACGCACGCGAUGACAUUACGCGUCACAAGAUGUCAGAAUCGACAGUUUCUUCGCCCAUGGAACGUGCAGGACUGGCUAAAGGAUUCGCCCAGAUAUUUGCAGAUGUUGGAAGCAAGCCAGAAAUGAUGAAGGCGGCGAAUGUCACUUCGGAAGACAUUACAUCCAUCCGGAAGGGACUGGAGGAGUGGUCAAAAUGCGAGGAUGGCAUUUGUUCAUUCAUCUCCAUGACAGUCGUGUGUGUUGACAGUGGUGGAAAGAAGGGUAACUGA